AUGGUCCUGGAGCUCUACAUGGACUUGCUGUCCCCACCUUGCCGCGCUGUCUACAUCUUUGCCAAGAAGAAUGGCAUCCCUUUUGAUUUCCAAUUGGUGGAUCUACUAAAAGGUCACCACCAUAGCAAGGAAUACAUCGCAAUCAACCCCCUGAGGAAGGUUCCCAGCCUCAAAGAUGGUCAGUUCAUCUUAUCUGAAAGCGUGGCCAUCCUCUUCUACCUAUGCCGCAAGUACAGUGCGCCUUCCCACUGGUACCCACCAGACCUGCACACGCGUGCCCGUGUGGAUGAGUUCAUGGCCUGGCAGCACACAGCUAUUCGGGAGCCCAUGAGCAAGAUACUGUGGGUCAAGUUGCUAAUCCCAAUGAUCACUGGUGAGGAGGCACCCACUGAGAAGAUAGACCAGGCACUGGAGGAGGUGAAUAAAAGCAUAGAGAAAUUUGAGGAGAAGUUUCUGCAGGACAAGCUGUUCAUCUCUGGAGACCACAUCUCACUAGCUGACUUGGUGGCCCUGGUGGAAAUGAUGCAGCCCAUAGCGACUAACCACAACGUCUUCAGCACCGCCAAGCUUGCUGAAUGGCGAAUGCGAGUGGAGUUAGCCAUCGGUUCCAAACUCUUCUGGGAGGCUCAUGACCGACUGGUGAAAUUACCAAAAUGGGACUGUUCCGUGCUGGACCCUAUAGUCAAGACGAAGAUCAGCGAGCUUCUGCACAAGUAUAAGUGA